AAACAGAGAUCAGAGUUGAGUGUGAUGGCUAGUCGCUAGCAGUCGUUAGCUAUUUUAUUAUCAUAGUAACGAUGUACAAUCGCGUUCGUACGUGAUUGAUCGCUCCGACCGUGACGACGACGACGACGACGACGGCGACGACGGCGAGAACAAAGGUGCCGCGGAGGCACAGGCGAAACAGCUGAUUGGCGGAGAUUCGCGUCGUCCGAGUCCGGGUCACGGCUAUCUCUAGUCGCAGGAAGCGGACCGACGGUCAUGGCGAGUUUCGUACUCCGGGUGAAGACCAAAUCGGGUCAAAAGGUCGUCUGUGGUCUCACGGCCCAUGAUAAGGUUUCUCAGCUGAAGGCGAAGCUCGUCGAACUCACGGGUGUCCCGUCGGCCGCCCUCCAGGUGCUAGCCGGCUUUCCACCGAAGCCCGUCGACCUGGAUGCGCCUGACGCCACAAUUGAGCACGCCGGAAUUAUCUCCGGUGAUACUCUUAUUGUCGAGGAGAAACAGAUCGUGUUCAAUAGACAUGAGCAGAGACUGAACAAUAUCGGGCGGUCGCAUAUCGUCGACCAGGAGAACUUUGCCAAUGUUCCAGGCGUCCUGAUGAGGAAAGUAGUACCUGCGGACAAUUCCUGUCUCUUUACCAGCGUGGGUUAUGUCUUGAAUGGCAAAGUCGAUACUAGUUGCGCUAGUUUUAUGAGGGAGAUUAUAGCAAACGCGGUAGCGGCAGAUCCGAAUGAAUACUCUGAAGCAUUUCUGGGCAGACCUAACGCUGAAUAUUGCGAAUGGAUUCUCAAGUCUGAUGCCUGGGGUGGCGCCAUCGAACUGUCAAUUCUAUCUAAAUUUUAUGGUUUAGAGAUAGCGGUGAUUGACAGCAUUAAUGCGAUCAUCAACAGGUUUGGCGAAGAUCAGCAUUAUGCUCAACGAGUCUUUCUCAUAUUUGAUGGAAUCCACUAUGAUCCUCUCUACUUGGAACCUCUCAAUGGUGGCAGUAUCCAAACAAUUUUUUCCAUCGAGGAUGAGAGGAUGUUGCUAGAGGCUGCCCAGCUCGCGAAAGAAGCAAGAUCGAGUCGCCAGUUCACGGAUGUUCAAAAGUUUACACUAAUGUGUAUUGACUGUAAAAUCAUGUUAAAUGGACAAGCAGCGGCUCAGCAACAUGCUAAGGACACCGGCCACAAGAAUUUUGGCGAAGUAGCAGCGUAGCCUUAUACAGCAGCAACUCUUAUGAUCUAACUGAUCUAAUUCUUUGAUGAUUAUCCUUGACUCCAAACAGUAUAGGGUGAUAUCUUACAGUCGUUUUUUUCACUUGAAAUCGUUCGAAAAUCUCGGCUUCUAUCUAUUUAGUCGUGCGCAAUUGUAAUUUUAAUUCAAGCACUUAUUGCAAAUUCUUUGUAUUAAGGAAUUUUAACGGGGAAAUUCUGUGCUUGAGGAACAUGUGUGUGAUAUUUUUAUAAAUUAUAUU